AUGUCCCUCCGAGUUAACAUUCAUCAUCGAAGCGGAGACGGCGCGCGGCGCGGCGGUCUCGGCGUCGCCUCGCGACGAAGAGAGCGGAAGAACGCACCGGGGCACCGGAGCUCUCUACCGGAGAUCAUCGCCUCAUGCCUCUCUCCCUCGUUGCCUCUUCGGCCACGACAUCGCGACAUCGCCUUCGACGUCGUCUCUCUCCUCAUCGACCUCACCGACACCGACGUCCUCGGCGACCACGACGACCCCGCGCACGCCCUCGUCGCCGCCCUUGUCGACAACAACGCCCUCGAGCUUCUCGCCCGCCUUUCGGAGGCCGACCCCGACGAGAUUCUUCUCCCUCGCCGGUGA